AAUUGUUUCGUACUUAAAAUAAAGAUGGUGUAACUUUUUAUGCUAAUAAUGUACGUGUAUUGCGAAAUUUAUAUGAACAUCAUAUCGUAGGAGUCCCUGCAAACGGACUGGGAAACUCACGAAAAAGAUACCUCAGGUUCAUAAAGCUUUCCAAAUUCCUUGAUAUUUGAACCAAAAAAUGGCAGUCAUCAAAACAGGGCUGGUUGUUUUCUUUGUUACUUGGGUCUGUUUUAUUAAGAGUGGUCAACCAAUGUCUCAGCCACAUCCAAAAUGCGAACAAAUUUCGAUUCCUCUGUGUAAGGACAUAUCGUACAAUUAUACAGUAAUGCCAAAUCUUUUAAACCACCAAAAACAAGAGGACGCUGGUUUAGAGGUACACCAGUUUUUCCCCCUUGUCAAAGUAAACUGUAGCUCUAAAUUGAAGUUUUUCUUAUGCUCGGUGUAUGUUCCGGUGUGUUCUGUCUUGUCAAAAGCAAUUCCACCGUGUCGCUCCAUCUGCGAGGAAGCCAGAGAUGGAUGCGAACCAUUGAUGAGUAAAUUCGGUUUUCAAUGGCCGCAGAGUUUAGCAUGUGAAAAGUUUCCAGAAAAUCGUUUGUGUGCUCGUGAUAAUAUGCCUCCGCCUCAAGAGACUACCACACUUCCUCCACCAAUCAGAAGUACAAGUUUCUUAAGAACAACCAGUAUGAGCGCUCAAGCAACUGUGCAGCCAUAUGCAAAAUGCCAAGUGAUAAAGGUUCCAAUGUGCAAAGACAUGCCCUACAAUUAUACAAUAUUGCCAAACCAUAGACAUCAAGAUGAUAUUGGUUUACAACUGUCUACAUUUUCCCCGCUCGUGCAGUAUGGUUGUAGUCCAAGGCUGAAACAUUUCUUAUGUGCAAUGUAUUUACCGAAGUGCAACGCACAAGGGGAAGCUGUUCAACCGUGUCGCACUACAUGUAACGAAGUUAGAAACAGUUGUCAACCAGUAUUGGAGAGUUUCGGAUUUCCGUGGCCCGAGAGUUUAGCAUGUGAAAAACUUCCCGAUAAUGUGGCAUGCUCUCAAGAAACUACGCCUCGUCAAAUAGAAUCAACUACCAGUCCUCCUUUAAAAAGAGGGUUAGGCCCUGAUUAUUAUUCUAGUACAACUAAUGCUGCAGAAUCUGUAACCCGCUCUCCUGUAAUGGAAGGAGGAAAACGUGUAUCUUCAACAGAGGGGUCAAACAAGGGCAAUGCCUGCUUCUCAGCGAAUCUCAUCCUUUAUGUGUGUGCUAUUUUUCUGCAAUGGAUUUUGUGUGCAUUCUAGGACUGGUGCUAGUUUCAUUUGAAAUAAUAGAUUUUUAAGAGACAAAUGCUGUAAAUCCAAAUUAAGAAUUUAGAUCAUAUCAAAAACUCUGGACGAGUAAAUGGAAAGCUAGUUGUAUUAUUUUAUAUUACUAGAUAUAGAUAAAUUUAUAUUUUAUCCCAUUCUUUAAUUUCUAC